CAUUUUAAAUUAAGCGCUAAAAAAUUUAAUGGCCUCACUUCCGUGCACGAUGACGGAAAUUCUCUUCCUGUUCAUCGUUGUGCGAAAUAUCCGGCACGAUGAAGGCUAAGGGUGAAUUGAAGGAAUUUGAAGUGAUAGGGCGUAAGCUCCCUACGGAAAAGGAGAAAACUACACCUUUGUAUAAAAUGAGAAUAUUCGCUCCUGAUGCUAUAGUUGCCAAAUCCAGAUUUUGGUAUUUCUUGCGUCAAUUGAAGAAGUUUAAGAAGUCUACCGGAGAAAUUGUAUCUCUUAAACAGAUUCCAGAGAAAAUACCCAUUAAGAUCAAGAACUUUGGCAUCUGGUUGAGAUAUGACUCUCGUUCUGGCACACACAAUAUGUACAGAGAAUAUAGAGAUCUCUCUGUCAGCGGAGCCAUCACCCAAUGCUAUAGAGAUAUGGGUGCACGUCAUCGUGCAAGAGCACAUUCUAUACAGAUUAUUAAAGUGGAAGUUGUAAAGGCUGCAAACUGCCGCAGGCCACAGAUCAAGCAAUUCCACGACUCUAAAAUUAAGUUCCCUCUACCUAAGAGGAUCCAUCACAGAAAUCGAAUGCCAUUAUUCAGUGUUCGUAAGCCGCGUACCUACUUCCUUUAAAUACUAUCUACGUAACAUUGUACAUAACAUCAAAGAAAAUAAAAAUCCUCGAUAUAA